AUGUAUGGUCUGAGCGGUCUCACAUGGGCUAUCGGUAGACGCUAUUUUUUAACACAUUUGAGAAACUUUAGCGUCAAUAUACGUAAUGUAGCUAUUGUUGCGCAUGUUGAUCAUGGAAAGACCACAUUGGUUGAUCAAUUGUUGAAAUUUGGAGGGGAAAAAGUAAAUGUCCAACGUACAAUGGAUUCUCUUGACCUUGAACGAGAAAGAGGCAUCACAAUUACUUCAAAAGUAACGAGAAUUAAUCACAAAGAUACGAUUUUUAAUAUUGUAGACACACCUGGGCAUUCUGAUUUUGGCGGAGAAGUGGAAAGAAUCCUCUCCAUGGUUGAUGGAGUCUGCUUAAUAGUUGAUAUUGUAGAAGGCCCUCGUACCCAAACUAAAUUCGUUCUCAAAAAGGCAUUAUCUAAUCGAAACUCUAGAGCAAUUGUGUUGAUAAAUAAAUGUGAUAGACCAAAUGCUAAGAGUUUGCAAGAUAUAACAAAUGAAUUAUUUGAUUUAUUUGUAGAUGCAAAUGCUACUGAUGAGCAAAUGGAAUAUCCUUUAAUCUUUUCAUCAGCAAAAAAUGGUUGGUGUACUAGAAACUGGAAUGAUAUUAAAUUACAACAAGGAGGAGGAUUUGAAAAUCUUCUAAACGCUUUCUUAGAAACAAUACCCUCUCCAUUAUCUGUAAAGCAUAAUGAACCAUUCAAAAUGCUUGUUACAUUACUCGAGCAUUCGGAAUCUGCAGGUGUUUUAGUUACCGGAAAAAUCUAUGCAGGUACUAUUGAAAAGGGCAACACAUUAUAUGUAAAAGAUUUGAAUGGGAAGAUUAAGGGCGAUUGUGUUGUUAAAGACAUAUUUGUAGCAAAGGGUGCAUCGAAGAUAACGAUAAAUAAACCUAACCCUGGUGAUAUCAUUACAUUACAUAUACAAAAGGGGCAGUUACCCUCGGUCACAGAUACUUUAAUGUUAGAUCAGAAAUCUGAACCAGUGGAAUCACCCAAAUUGGAUCCACCAGUGAUGAGUGUAAAUAUAUCAGUAAAUACUUCUCCAUUAGCAGGGAAGAAAAGUAAAAAGAUGACAUUCGCCGCUAUUGGUGAUAGACUUAAAAGGGAGGCAUCAAUUAAUGCUGCCAUACAAGUUUUUGAAUCGGAGAAAAAAGAUAGUUUUAAAGUUUGUGGUAGAGGAGAAUUACAGAUUGGAAUUCUAAUAGAAAAUAUGAGAAGGGAAGGGUUUGAAAUGACAAUAUCUUCGCCUGAUGUUGUAUAUCAAACUAUUGAAGGAGUUAAAUGUGAACCCUGGGGUAAAUACAUAAUAAUAAUCCCCAAUGAAUUAUCUGCCGCUGCGAUUGAUAAAAUGUCAUCCAGAAAAGGAGAAUUAGUUGAAAUGACAUCUGAUGGGUCAAACUCAACCUUAAUAUUUCACAUGCCCAGUGCCAACUUUGUGGGUAUUAGAUCGUUUCUAAGGGAUAUAUCUAAAGGGUCUGCGAUUUUUUUACCGGAAUUUUUAGAUUAUAGGCCAGUUAUGGAGAGGUUUAGGAGGGAAAGGAAUGGAGUUUUGGUGGCAUCGGCGCAGGGAAUUGCGACUGCAUUUUCAUUAGAAGUAGCUCAAACAAAAGGAACUCUGUUCAUUAAUGAAGGGGAACCAGUUUAUGAAGGUAUGAUAAUUGGAGAAUCGCAAAGUCUGAAGGAUAUGGAUCUAAAUGUAAUUAAAGCUAAGCCCAUUACUGGGAUGAGAUCUAAAAUACACGAAGAAACAGUAAAAAUUGUUUGGAAACAACAAAAUCUGGAAUCAUGUCUUGAAUUUAUCGCAGAAGAUGAGGAGAUAGAGGUUACACCUACUAGAAUUGCCAUGAGGAAGAAGGUUUUGAGCGCACAUGAGAGGCGGCAGAUUGCUAGGAAAAACAGGCAGUAG